AUGGUCCCAUUUUACAAUUGGUGCCACACUAAAUUCGCCUCAAUCGAUCGCAUUUGUCCUCAAUUUGACGACUGGGUUUCGAGAACAUUGUAUUUCCUCAGCCCUUGCGGCCCGUGUCCAAUAUUGUAUAUCAAUUUCCUGCAGCUUCAAAAAUGCGCUGGUGGGACACCUACAGAAGAGUCUUUAUUAGACAUCGAGGAAACUCGUACAGAGCUGGAUAGCAAAGAUGCCCAUAACAAGAUUUGUUAG